ACACUAGCGUCUGAUAUCGCAUAUCGUCACUCUGUUUUGAUACACGAAGGUGACCAGGUUACAUUAAAGCUAGCGCUUUAUUGAAGUGUGAUUAUAUGCGAUGGUUGUGCGCUUGUGUUUGUUCCAUAUUUAUUAAAAAUGAAGAGUGGAACGGAUGAAGUACAUAAAUUGACGGAAACGGUUUAUAAGAACCUGGUGGAGAAUUUCAGUUACGGUGUGCGCCAGAUCUUGCUGACAGGGAAGGCCUACUACAAGGCACUGCAAGUGGUGACCUCUACAGCACAGGCUUACAAUGAAGCCCUUGGUCAGUUUGGAGCAGAAGCGAGGCUAUGUCGGGGCGGGACAGAAGAGAUAGGGGAGGCAAUUCAUCAGAUUGCAGAAGCCCAGAGAGCAAUCCAGGCCAGAUUAAAAGACAGUGCCAAAGCCCUGUUCAGUGAGCUGAUCCUGCCCCUGGAACAGAAGAUGGAGAAGGAUUUCAAGAAAGCCAGUUCUGAUGUAAGAAAGUACAGCCAGGGCCACAAGUUGGUGAUGUCUCCAUUCAUCAAGGCAUACGACACACUGAAAAAAUUCCGAAAGAAAACAAAAAAUAAGCCUGUCUAUGAUAGUGAGAAAGAGGCAAAUCACAUGAGAAGCCUGGGGAAAUGUCAAGAAAAGUUGGACGAAUACAGGAUACAAGGACUCAGAUCGGCAUUGUUAGAGGAGCGCCGGUGCCACUGUUUUGUACUCCAGCGUCUGUGUUCGGUGGCCCAUCUGGACUACGGGGUCCACAGGCAGGGCGUGGACGUGUACGUAUCACUGCGCGACUGGGAAGAUGUCUGCUCAAACCCUCAUCAGCUCCCGCCAUCUGCGGAUCGUGUUAUUGCAGAUUUUAUGGAUGACUAUCAGCCAAUGAAUGGUGGUACAGAAUACCAUGGCAACGGACAUGGGUAUCUUCACAGAGACACUCAGUCCUUACAUAAUGGUCUGAGACGAUCCAAAAGCUCCCAGGAAUUGAGCUGGAAUAGAGGUCGUCUUGAUGGCACCCAGACAUUGCCCCACUCUAUGUCCCCACCCCCUGCCCCACAGGGGCGUGUACAGGCAACAUACAACUUCACCGCAACACAGGAGAACCAGAUGAGCUUCACAGACGGUGACAUCAUUGUGUUGAUGGGGGAGAAGUCAGAGGGCUGGCAGUACGGACACAACAUGAACACACACAGAAUGGGUUGGUUCCCGCUGUCAUUCACCAAGCCGUUGACCAGUGGUAGAUCAUCUCCAGACUUCAAAGCAUUGAGCCCCUCCAACAGAACACAGAGUGUUGGUGACAUGUUGGAUGUGCACCCCCCACCCCCACCCGACCAUCUGCAGUAUGACCCAGGUCUCCCUGGCAACAUGCGCAGACCAAACUCACUAUAUGAUUGUCCACCACAGACAAACUCAUCCCCUCAGCUGCAUGGCAUGUAUUCAGAGAGAAAUGUGUCACUGCAGCGUUCAGGAUCAUUCUUCUCGAUGGGCGGGAGAGCUGUGCAGGACUCCGCUCCAAGUGCUCCCUCCUUUAAUCAGGGAGCCAACAACACCUUCUCCAGUGACCCCCAAACCCCUCCUAAUUACAGCCUGCCGUCAGCCAGUGCAGGGGCUCCAUAUGAGAGCAAAGCCCAACAUCUACACCCACGAUCCUACACUCUCCCUGCCAAAACCUCAAGUGUUCCAUGUAUGAUGCCCCCAGUAACCUCUGCCCCCUCUCCUGCACCCCCUAUCAGUGCUCCACCACCCCCUCCCCCUCCACCUCCCCCAGUCCAUUCUCAGCCCGUUUCCUCUCACCAAUCGCAAUCCUCACCUCAACACAUACCCUCUCCUCUGCAUCGGCCUGCAACCACCUCCAGCAUGCCCCCUCCUCCUCCUGCUCCCUCUAUUGGUUCCCAUGGUCACCCUAAUGUCUCCUCAAUGUCACUUUUUACACAGCGUCAGCCCAGUACAAGGGUGAAUGCCGUCAAUACACCAGUUCGACAGCUGAGUAAUAAUCCGCCACCACCACCUCUUCAAGACCAUGCCACGAUAGAGGAGAAUGUGAAUCACCAAAACAACCCUAUGUUUGCCAGCGUGUCACUUCGAAAGGCUCAAACCAAUGACAGAUCUGCACCAAAAUUCUAACUACAUCCAUCAUGUUUUGUGAACUACUUAUACAUAUGUAAUCCAUGAGAGAGAGACUUUUAUAAUGAUCUAUGCCAUUGUUUGUUUAUUGAUUUACUGAUGACUUGACAAUAUGGAAAAGCUUACAAAUUUGAAAACGUGUUGUUGAAUAUUGUUUAUAUAUAUCAAAAAGAAAAGUGUUACUUUUGUUGGUAUCCUGUGCAUGAUUGUUUUAGAUGCUCCUCUAAACUAAUAAAGUCUCUGCUGUACAUAAGUCGGUCAUUCUGUGUCAUAUGAGUCGCAUCAUGCAAAAAAGGAUCUUAUGUCAUAUGAUGCAUCAUUCUGCAAGCUACCCUGUAUAAAUUUAACUUUCAGUAAUGCAGUAUAGAUUUUCAAUUAGAUCAGUGUUUAAACAUGUUACUGUUUGGUACUAAAAUGUGCUUACUAAAUUAUAUAUAUUAAUGAGCAAAUAUAAUUUCAAAAGGAAAAACAUUGUCCUAAUAAAUACUUAAAUUACCGGUAAUGUGUCAAAGGAAUUUUGAUGUAAAUUAAUUAUAAAUGUAUACAAUUUAAGACUAUUUGCUAUUAAAAUGUAUUUUUAUAGUGUCUAAAUAUUUUCCGUGUAUAAUAAAGGGAAUUCCAGUUCAGUCAUUAUUACUGAUUUUAAGCUAUAAGGUGUAUUUUUUUGUUAUUUUUCACUGCGUUAACAUUAAGCAAGUUAGACUAUGAUAAUCAUGAGGUCAUGUAUAUAUGUAAAAUUGUAUUAUACAAGUACUGUUCUCAUGUUUUAUCAAUUAAUGUAAUAUGUGUGUUGCUUUAAUACAAGGUAUGUAAAAGUACCUGAUUAUUUUAUCAUGAAAGGAGCAACUAGUGAAUGUUCUUUAGCUCACAGAUUCACCUGAGCACAAUGUGCUCAUGGUGAACUUUUGUGAUCGCCUUUUGUCUGUUGUGCGUUGUGCGGCGUCAACAUUUGCCUUGUUAAUACUCUAGAGGUCACAUUUAUUGUCCGAUCUUCAUGAAAUUUGGUCAGAAGAUUUGUCUCAAUGAUAUCUUGGACAUGUUUGAAAAUAGUUGCAGUUGUUUGAAAAACAUGGCUGCCAGGAGGCGGGGCAUUUUUUCUAAUAUGGCUAUAUAUGGCUGGAGUGAAACCUUGUUAAGACUCUAGUGGCCACAUUUAUUGUUGGAUCUUUAUGAAAAUUAGACAGAAGAUUCGUCCCAUCAUAUCUUGGACGAGUUCGAAAAUAAUUCCGGUUGGUUGACAAACAUGGCCGCCAGGGGUGGGGCAUUUUUUCUAAUAUGGCUGUAGUAAAACCUUUUUAACACUCUAGAGGCCACAUUUUUUGUCCGAUCAUCAUGAAACUUGGUCAGAAGAUUUGUCCCAAUCAUAUCUUGAACGAGUAUGAAAAUAGUUCCAGUCUGUUGAAAAACAUGGCCACCAGGGGUAGGGGCAUUUUUCCUUAUAUGGCUACAUAUUGCUAUUAUAAGUAAAACCUUGCUUACACUAUAGAGUCCCCAUUUAUUGUCCGAUCUCCAUGAAACUUGGUCAGAAGAUUUGUCCCAAUGAUAUCCUGGACAACUUCUAAAAUGGUUCUUGUUGGUUAAUAAACAUUGCUGCCAUUGGGCGGGGAAUUUUUCCUUAUGGCUAUUGUAAAAACUUGUUUACACUCUUAAAGUCACAUGUAUUGUCCAAUCUUCAUGAGUCAGAACAUUAGUUCUAAUAAUUUCUUGAACCAGUUCGAAAAUGGUUUUAGUUGCUUGAAAAAAAUGGCCGCAAUUGGACAGGGAAUUUUUAUUGGCCAUAUAUUACUAUAUUAAAACCUCGUUAACAAUCUAUAGGCCACAUUUAUUUUCUGAUCUUAAUGAAACUUGGUAAGAAGAUUGUUCCCGAUGAUAUCUUGGAUGAGUUCAAAAACGGUUCUGGUUGGUUGAAAAACAUUACUGCAAGGGGGCAGGGCAUUUUCCCUAAUAUAUAGCUAUAGUACAAACUUGUUAACACUCCAAUAAUCACAUUUAUUUUCCAAUCUUCAUAACACUUGGUCAGAACAUUUGUUUAAAUGAUGUCUUGGAUCAGUUCGAAAAAAGCUACGGUCUGUGGACAAACCUGGCUGCCAGGGGUCGGGGAAUUUAUCGUAAUAUGGCUGUAGUAAAACAUUGUUAGCACUCUUAAAGUUACAUUUAUAGUUCACUCUUCAUGAAACUUGGUCAGAACAUUGGUUCAAGUGAUAUCUUGGGGCUGCACUGAGCAGGUCAGUACCUUUGCAUCUCAGGUGAGCCACUUUGGGCCUUUCAGGCCAUCUUGUUUAAGCAAAGUGUUGUACUGUACUCAAUAUAACACAAAUGUGUUAUUAUAAUAUACAUAUGAUACUUGAAAUGUAUAUUACUCUGGAAAUAAUUGAUAUGUUGUUAAAAUGUAGUUAUGGUAAAACACAUCAAUAGUGUGCACUAUGUCUGAAAAACAUGUCUGUUAAAAUAACAUACAGGACAAUAAUUUAAGUUUUCCCUUAGAUAUAUAACUAAAAUUGAUUGUAAUAUAAAAAUAUUAUAUACAUGUAAAGAUCAUUAUUUUCCUGCUAUAUUCCACAGAUGUUCUUUUAUAAUCAAAAUUGUGUUAGUUAUUACAAAAUACACAAUUGUAUAUUUUUUGUGACUUUCUGUUGUUGAAAAAUCUGUGCAAGAAUGACGCUUUAGAUAAUGACCACUGAUUUUCAGUAAUUUUCAACAUUGUGCAAAUAUAAAUUGUAUUAUAUAUGUUUUGUAAUGAUAACCCAGCAAAGGAAAGUAUAGCCACAUUUAGUAAAGCAAUUCUAUCUUUUGGGAUUUUUAUCCGAAAUGUGUAGUAUUUAAUGAAAUUUUUUGAACAUUAUAUAGGCGGUUUAAGUUUUGAAUAAUUUAUUAUGAUAGUUAUUAUGCCUUUUUUAUGCAAAAAACUAAAUACAUAUUUAAACUUCACACAGGCAGUAAGCUGUCUAAUCUGUGUAAUGUGAACACAAAUGUUCUAUAAACUGUGACACUUCCACUUUAAAAUAUAACUUUUUACUUCACCUUAUGAUUAAGUUGCGUGCUGUGCUCGGCUGUCAUUAUUUAUUUUUGCCUUUGUUAUACAUGCUUAAUAACGCGACUCUUUAUGCAUUUGUAUUAUGUUUGUUAGCUCACCUUAGCAUAAUGUUCUCAUGGUGAGCUUUUGUGAUCCCUUUUUGUCUGUUGUGUGGCGUCAACAUUUGCCUUGUUAACACUCUAGAGGCUACAUUUAUUGUCCUAUCUUCAUGAAAUUUUAUCAGUAGAUUUAUGCCAAAUAUAUCUUGGAACAGUUUUUUUUAAUGAUAUCUUGGAUGAGUUCCAAAAUCUGUUCCAGUUGCUUAAAAAACAUGGCCGCCAGGGGGCAGGGCAUUUUUCUUUAUAUGGCUAUACAUAGGCUUAGUAAAACCUUGUUAACACUCUAAAAGUCAAAUGGUUCCAGUUGGUUAAAAGACAUGGCUGCCAGGGGUCUGGGCUUUUUUCUUAUAUAGCUUAAAAAAACAACUUAUUAACACUCAUUUAGUCCAAUCAUCAUGAAACUUGGUCAGAAAAUUUGUUCUAAUUAUAUAUUGGAUGUGUUAGAAAAUGGUUCUGCACUGUUAAAAAACAUGACCACCAGGGGGCGGGGCAUUUUCUUAUAUGAAUAUAGUAAAACCUUGUUAACACUCCAGAGGCCACAUUUAUUGUCAUAAAACUUUUGGCUAUUGUUAUACCCCCAUUACCAUUGGUAAUGAGGGCUAUAUAGGAAUCACUUUGUUGGUCUGUUUGUCGGUCGGUCUGUCCCGAAAUCUUGUCUGGGCAAUAACUAUGUUGUUCAUUGUGAGACUUUAAUAUCAUUUGGCUCAUUUGUUCACCAUCAUUGGACGGUGUGUCGCGCGAAAGAAUUACGUCAAUAUCUCAAAGGUCAAGGUCACACUUUGUGUUCAAAGGUCAAAAAUGAGCUUGUCCGGGCCAUAACUUUGUCAUUUGUUGUGAGAUUUUAAAAUCAUUUGGCACAAUUGUUCACCAUCAUUGGACGGUGUGUCGAGUGAAAGAAUUACGUUGAUAUCUACAAGUUCAAGGUCACACUGUGAGUUCAAAGGUCAAAAUGGCCAUACAUGAGCUUGUCCGGGCAAUAACUAUGUUGUUCAUUGUGAGAUUUAAAAUCAUUUGGCACAUUUAUUCACCAUCAUUGGACGGUGUGUCGCGCAAAAGAAUUACGUCGAUAUCUUCUAGGUCAAGGUCACACUUUAAGUUCAAAGGUCAAAAAUGGCCAUAAAUGAGCUUGUCUGGGCCAUAAAUAUGUUGUUCAUUGUGAGAUUUUCAAAUAAUAUGGCACAUUUGUUCAUCAUCAUUGGACGGUGUGUCGCUCAAAAGAAUUACGUCAAUAUCUCCAAGGUCAAGGUGACAAUUUGAGUUUAAAGGUAAAAAAUGGCCAUAAAUAAGCUUGUCUGGCCCAUAAUUAUGUCGUUCAUUGUGAGAUUUUGAAAUCAUUUGUUUACCAUCAUUGGACGGUGGGUCGCACGAAAGAAUUAUGUUGAUAUCUCCAAGGUCAAGGUCACACUUUGAGUUCAAAGGUCAAAAAUGGCCAUAAAUGAUAAUGGCAUAAUAAUUCUUAAAAAUGGCCAUAUAUUCGAUUCUCUUGUUUUGUGAAGACAGCAUGCAAAAUAGUCUGUGUCAAUGAGGCAUGUGGGGGUAUACGUCACGUCUGUGACAAAGCUCUAGUUAAAACUUGUUAACACUCUUAAAAGUCUUCAUUAAACUUGGCCAGAACUUUUGUUUUAAAUAUAUCUUGGAUGAGAUUUAAAGUGAUUCCUGUCUGAUGAAAAAUAUGGCCGCCAGGGGGCGGGGAACUUAUCCUUUUAUGGCCAUAGUAAAACCUCAUAAGCACUCUAUAAGUUACAUUUAUUGUUCACUCUUCAUGAAACUUGGUCAGAACAUUCGUUCUAAUGAUAUAUCGGGCUGCACAGAAGAGGUCAGUUCCUUUGUAUUUUAGGUGAGUGACUUUGGGCCUUUCAGUCCCUCGUGUUUUAGUUUAUUUCAAGUUGUGUAGGAUUAUAUGGUAUAUGGAUAUAUAAAAAUAAACCAAGCGAUAUCUACAAAUAUUCAUGCAUAAGAUGUGUUAUUAUCCCCAUGUUUUUCAGAGAAAAAGUGGGGAUAUUGUAUUGAUGUGCGUCUGUCCGUCCUGGCCACCUGCUCCUCCUACACUAUUAGCACUAGAACCUUGAAACUUACAUACAUGUUAGCUAUGAGCAUAUGUGCGACGGUGACAGUGACGGAAUUUUGAUCUGACCACUGGGUCAAAAUGUAUGGGGGUUUGGGCGGGGCCGGGUCAGAGAUUUUCACUCAUUUUUUUAUGUUAUUUUACAUUAACUUCUUCAUUUCUGCACCGAUUUACUUUAAAUUGAUACUGAGCCUCUCUUAUGACACUAAGGUCAAUCUCAACUAUGCAUGGCCCCAUUACCAACCCUGGGGCGCCCUGGCCAAAUAGUCCACGCCCACCCAAAAUUGCCUUUUACUAUAAUUUCUUCAUUUCUACACCGAUUCACUUCAAAUUGAUACUGAACCUCUCUUAUGACAAUAUGGUCAAUCUCAGCUAUGCAUGGCCCCAUUACCAACCCUAGGGCAACCCGCCCACAUAGGCCAUGACAACCCAAAAUUGCCUUAUACUAUAAUUUCUUCAUUUCUACACCGAUUCACUUCAAAUUAAUACUGAACCUCUCUUAUGACAAUACGGUCAAUCUCAGCUAUGCAUGGCCCCAUUACCAACCCUGGGGCGCCCCGCCCACAUAGGCCACGCCCACUCAAAAUUGCCUUUUACUAUAAUUUCUUCAUUUCUACACCGAUUCACUUUAAAUUUAUACUGAACCUCUCUUAUGACAAUACAGUUAAUCUCAACUAUGCAUGGUCCCAUUACCAACCCUGGGGCGCCCCGCCCACAUAGGCCACUCCCACCCAAAAUUGCCUUUUACUAUAAUUUCUUUAUUUCUUCACCGAUUCACUUCAAAUUGAUACUGAACCUCUUUUAUGACAAUACAGUCAAUCUCAACUAUGUAUGGCGCCAUUACCAACCCUGGGGCGCCCCAUCCACAUAGGCCACGCCCACCGAAAAUUGCCUUUUACUAUAAUUUCUUUGUAUCUACACCGAUUUACGUCAAAUUGAUACUGAACAUCUCUUAUGACAAUAAGGUCAAUCUCAACUAUGGCCCCUUUACCAACCCUGGGACGCCCCGCCCAUAAUAGGCCACACCAACCCAAAAUUGUCUUUUACUAUAAUUUCUUUAUUUCUACACCGAUUCACUUCUAAUUGAUACUGAACUUCUCUUAUGACAAUACGGUCAAUCUCAACUAUGCAUGGACCCAUUACUAACCAUGGGGCGCCCCUGGGUCAAACAUGCGGCGUGGGGAUACGCGUCGGUCUCUGCCGCACCAUUUCUAGUUGUUACAGUGUUUUAUUUUGUUAAAUGUUGUUAAAAAAUCGUUAACUUAGAUUGUUAUAUAUGUACUUUCAUACGAAUAAACUAAUAUAUAUAUGUU